GGCUGCCGAUGGAGAUCCCUCUGAAGGUGCUCACUGGAGCAAUUAUUCUGCUUGUUCCCCCAUCUCUCACCCGCUCCCCCAAGUACAGUUAUCAGGACGCUGCUGUAUUUCCCAUUGUCCAAGGACUAAUUCAUGAAAUAGGGCUGGCUUACCUCUGGUUUUGCACUGACUGGCUCAGAGAUAUUUUGAGAUCCAUGAGGCAUUUUUAACCUGCUAAAGGCAAGAAGAAGUGUUCACCACAUAGUUGCAAAGGUCUUCAACUUGCCACAGCCAACAGAAAAAUCAAAAUGAUUGAACCCUUUGGGAAUCAGUAUAUUGUGGCCAGGCCAGUGUAUUCUACAAAUGCUUUUGAGGAAAAUCAUAAAAAGACAGAAAGACAUCAUAAGACAUUUCUGGAUCAUCUCAAAGUGUGUUGUAGCUGUUCCCCACAAAAGGCCAAGAGAAUUGUCCUCUCUUUGUUCCCCAUAGCGUCUUGGUUGCCAGCAUACCGGCUUAAAGAAUGGUUGCUCAGUGAUAUUGUUUCUGGUAUCAGCACAGGGAUUGUGGCCGUACUACAAGGUUUAGCAUUUGCUCUGCUGGUCGACAUUCCCCCAGUCUAUGGGUUGUUUGCAUCCUUUUUCCCAGCCAUAAUCUACUUUUUCUUCGGCACUUCCAGACACAUAUCCGUGGGUCCGUUUCCGAUUCUGAGUAUGAUGGUGGGACUAGCAGUUUCAGGAGCAGUUUCAAAAGCAGUCCCAGAUCGCAAUGCAACUACUUCGGGAUUGUCUAACAACUCGAGUAAUUCUUCAUUACUGGAUGACGAGAGGGUGAGGGUGGCGGCAUCAGUCACAGUGCUUUCUGGAAUCAUCCAGUUGGCUUUUGGGAUUCUGCGGAUUGGAUUUGUAGUGAUAUACCUGUCUGAGUCCCUCAUCAGUGGCUUCACUACUGCUGCUGCUGUUCAUGUUUUGGUUUCCCAACUCAAAUUCAUGUUUCAGUUGACAAUCCCGUCACACACUGAUCCACUUUCAAUUUUCAAAGUACUAGAGUCUGUAUUCUCACAAAUAGAGAAGACUAAUAUUGCAGACCUGGUGACAGCUCUGAUUGUCCUUUUGGUUGUAUCCAUUGUUAAAGAAAUAAAUCAGCGCUUCAAAGACAAACUUCCAGUGCCUAUUCCAAUCGAAUUCAUUAUGACCGUGAUCGCAGCAGGUGUAUCCUAUGGCUGUGACUUUAAAAACAGGUUUAAAGUGGCUGUGGUUGGGGACAUGAAUCCUGGAUUUCAGCCCCCUAUUACACCUGACGUGCAGACUUUCCAAAACACCAUAGGAGAUUGCUUCGGCAUCGCAAUGGUUGCAUUUGCAGUGGCCUUUUCAGUUGCCAGCGUCUAUUCCCUCAAAUACGAUUAUCCACUUGAUGGCAAUCAGGAGUUAAUAGCCUUGGGAUUGGGUAACAUAGUCUGUGGAGUAUUCAGAGGAUUUGCUGGGAGUACUGCCCUCUCCAGAUCAGCAGUUCAGGAGAGCACAGGAGGCAAAACACAGAUUGCUGGGCUUAUUGGUGCCAUCAUCGUGCUGAUUGUCCUUCUAGCCAUUGGAUUUCUCCUGGCGCCUCUACAAAAGUCCGUCCUGGCAGCUUUAGCACUGGGAAACUUAAAGGGAAUGCUGAUGCAGUUUACUGAAAUAGGCAGAUUGUGGCGAAAGGACAAAUAUGAUUGUUUAAUUUGGAUCACGACCUUCAUCUUCACCAUUGUCCUGGGACUCGGGUUAGGCCUGGCAGCUAGUGUGGCAUUUCAACUGCUAACCAUCGUGUUCAGGACCCAAUUUCCAAAAUGCAGCACGCUGGCUAACAUUGGAAGAACCAACAUCUAUAAGAAUAAAAAAGAUUAUUAUGAUAUGUAUGAGCCAGAAGGAGUGAAAAUUUUCAGAUGUCCAUCUCCUAUCUACUUUGCAAACAUUGGUUUCUUUAGGCGGAAACUUAUCGAUGCUGUUGGCUUUAGUCCACUUCGAAUUCUACGCAAGCGCAACAAAGCUUUGAGGAAAAUCCGAAAACUGCAGAAGCAAGGCUUGCUACAAGUGACACCAAAAGGAUUUAUAUGUGCUGUUGACACCAUAAAAGAUUCCGACGAAGAGCUGGACAACAAUCAGAUAGAAGUACUGGACCAGCCAAUCAAUACCACAGACCUGCCUUUCCAGAUUGACUGGAAUGAUGAUCUUCCUCUCAACAUUGAGGUCCCCAAAAUCAGCCUCCACAGCCUCAUUCUCGACUUUUCAGCAGUGUCCUUUCUUGAUGUUUCUUCAAUGAGGGGCCUUAAAUCGAUUUUGCAAGAAUUUAUCAGGAUCAAGGUAGAUGUGUAUAUCGUUGGAACUGAUGAUGACUUCAUUGAGAAGCUUAACCGGUGUGAAUUUUUUGAUGGUGAAGUGAAAAACUCAAUAUUUUUCUUAACAAUCCAUGAUGCUGUUUUGCAUAUUUUGAUGAAGAAAGAUUACAGUACUUCAAAGUUUAAUCCCAGUCAGGAAAAAGAUGGAAAAAUUGAUUUUACCAUAAAUACAAAUGGAGGAUUACGUAAUCGGGUAUAUCAGGUGCCAGUUGAAACAAAAUUCUAAUCAACAUACAAUUCAGAAGGAUCUUCAUCUGACUAUGACAUAAAAAACAACUUUAUACCCAGAAAGUUAUUGAUAAGUUCAUACAUUGUAUGAAGAGUAUUUUUGACAGAGUAUGUUUCAAACUUUGGAACAAGAUUGUUCUAGCAUGGCAUAUUUUUCACAUAUCUAGUAUGAAAUUAUAUAAGUAUUCUAAAUUUUAUAUCUUGUAGCUUUAUCAAAGGGUGAAAAUUAUUUUGUUCAUACAUAUUUUUGUAGCACUGACAGAUUUCCAUCCUAGUCACUACCUUCAUGCAUCGGUUUAGCAGUAUAGUGGCGCCACUGUUUCGAAUCUCAUAAUUUAUACAGGUCAUAUUAAUAUAUUUCCAUUAAAAAAUCAGUUGUACAGUGGAUGUGUCUUGUUUUGUGAAAUUUGUUAGCUUUCUGAAACAUGCUUGCUGUGGGUCCUGUUAUAUAGUGGUCUGGCUGGAAACCUGCUACAUGAGAAUCUUCUAACAGAACCCCUGUAAUCAGGCUUCUUUGUUCAGAUUUUAUGAUUACCAGUUUUUUAAAGCAUCCAACCUCCUAUCCAGAUUUUAAACACAAUCCUUCAAAUGUAAUAUCUGUACCUAUAUAGAUUUAGUAUGAAAACUAUACAAGCUAAAAAAUGAGAAAGCAAGGAAGGUGAAAAGAAAAGAUGGGUAGCCAAUUCUUCCGGGUCUCAGUGGGAAGAAGAAAAACAGAUGGCAGGAAGUAGUAUGACUCUCUUCUUUUUUCACUGCUGGUUAUUAUUUGUAACUCACAGGGCAGAAUAACAGCUCUAGAGCUCAAUUUAUCUGGAGGAGAUUCAGCACACCUGCUUCUCUUUUUCCACUGGCAUGGCUCUUGGUGCAAAUUUGUAUUUAUGUAAUAGUUAGAAAUUAAACAUCAGCACCAACAGAAAAAUAUUCAAUGCCAUUUAUUAAACAUCAAACAACUUUGUCAAUGGGAAAAGCUGCCCCAACUGUUUUAGAUCUUACCUCUCAACAUUGUUGUCAAAGUACCUUUCCACUUUCUGUUAGUGUCUUUGAGAGGGUUUGUCUAUUGGACUUAAAACUACAUACACAAAGGUAAGAUAAAGGUUAUUUACACAGCCAAUCUUAAAAGUAGAAUAUCAGCACUCUUUAAUUUUCCCAUUUUUUUGUAGAGACACGAUCUAUGUUGCCCAGGCUGUCUCAAACUCCUGACCUCAAGCAAUCCUCCUGCCUCGGACUCCCAAAGUGCUGGGAUUACAGGUGUGAGCCAUUGUGCCCGGCCACAGCACUCUUUAUAAUAGUGUUUAACUUUUUGAGUCAUGGACUCCUUAUAGAGUCUCAUACACCCUAUGGA